CGCAGCCGGAGGAUUGUUGUGUCUGCUGCUGAACAAGAGAACAUGAGAAAGCCAAACACAGUGAGGAUAUGAACCGCUUGUAACUUCCAGUGUCUGAGGGAACCGGCUGGCUCCACGGUCUGGCUCGCUGAGCGGCUCCCGGUGUGUUGCUCCCGGUGUGUCCGGGCUACAAGUGGCGGAGCAGCUCCUCGCGGGAGUGUCAGAGGCUGCGCUCCAGUCAUGACCUCUGGGAAUGGAAACACUAACAGCAACAGCAGCCGAGACAAAGGAGAGAGCAGAGCAGCCCAGGCCCUCAUGAGGUGCCACAUCCUCACCCACCUGAUAGAGGGCUUCGUCAUCCAGGAGGGGGCCGAGCCAUUCCCUGUGGAGCGUCCCUCUUUCUCAUUGGAGAGCCUGAGGAGACACACUGCAGACUCAAAGAUGGACCUCCUCUCACCAAAGGAGCUGAAGGCCCAGCAGGAGCCCAUGCUGACCUGUGAGCUGUGUGGCAGGGUGGAUUUCUCCUACGUCUUCAAAAGGUCCAAGAGGUUCUGUUCCAAUGUGUGCGCCAAACGCUACAAUGUGGGAUGCACAAAGAGAGUGGGUCUCUUCCCAAACCGGAAAGCCACCCUGGAGAACAUGAAGAAGCAGAGAGCGCUGAGCGGAGAGCUGAAUCACUGCAGCCUGGAGCCCAAGAAGAAGAAGCCUGCUGCUGCUGCCUCUCCCUCCACCGGCCAGUCGCUCCACCCUGCUCAGGGACAGUCCAGCCAAUGCUCAGACCUGCCUGGGUACAAGAGACCCCCGUCCCCCCCGUCAGCCACGCAGCCCUUCUGCUUCCUGCCCUCUGACCCCGGCCAGUGGAACAUAGACGAGGUGUACGAGUUCAUGUCCUCUCUGCCAGACUGUCUGCAGGUGGCUGAGGAGUUCCGCUCUCAGGAGAUCGAUGGGCAGGCCCUGCUGCUGCUGAAGGAGGACCACCUCAUGGCCACCAUGAACAUCAAGCUGGGGCCCGCACUGAAGAUCUACGCCCAGAUCAGCACGCUCAAAGACUCGUAGCCCAUCUAACACAC